AUGGCUUUGGCAUUUUGGAGUUCAUUCGUUUCCCUUUUCCCAAAAAGUUGGAAUUUGGAAGACAAGUCGGACUUGACUGAGUCUGUUGUCCAAGCUACCACCAACGAUGAUGAGCUAUGGAACAAUGAAGUCGGAAAAAUGCUGGGUAUAAUGCUUGAGAUGGCUGGGUACCCUGAUCACUCGAGGGAAAUACACUGCAACUUCUUUCACGAGUCAGUCGCGCCGUCUCUGGGUCAGCAUCCGAGAGGCACUGGAAUAUCGCAAUGGAAGAGUUUCAUGACCGAUGAUCAUACGCCCGUCGAGCUCAGUUGGUGCUGGUCAAGCUCCUUGGAGACACCUACCGUUCGCUAUUCAGCUGAGCCGAUAGGAAAGUGGGCUGGUCAGCCAGCUGAUCCCAACAAUACAGCUGCUAGCUUACGCCUAUUUGGUGAUGCUCUACAACUAUCCCCAGAAAUGGACCUUUACUUACACCGGCAUUUUCAACGUUCGCUUAUGGCUCCGACUAUGAUCGAUGAAGGCGCCGCGGUGCAGAUUCCCCAGUCCCAAAGUUUUAUCGCCUUUGACUUGCUGGAAUCCACGAUUGUCGUCAAACAAUAUUACUUGCCCGCCUGGAGAGCACUAGCAGAGGAAAAGUCCAAUUUUGCCCUUGUUGAGGAAGCCAUUCGAGAUAUCCCCUCGCUCGGGGCUUCCUUACUGAGCUCGUUCGCCGUCUUCAGAGACUUCAUCGAAUCGCUUCCAAUCGAAACCCGCCCAACGGUGGAGAUAAUGGCCAUUGACUGUCUCGACCCUUUGAAGUCUCGAUUGAAGGUAUAUAUUCGAUCGCAAUCAACAACACUAGACAGUGCUUUGCAGAUCUUGACUAUAGGAGGUGAAGCACCCAAAACAUCCGAGGAAAAAGCCUCAUUACGGGAAUUGUGGCACUCGAUAUUCGGCUUGGACCCGCAACAAAGCGAUGACACACCCCUUCCAGAAAAGGAUCAUCGCACGGGGGGUAUCCUCUAUUACUUCGAAUUUAAGUGUGGUGUGAAUACUCCCAAGACGAAGGCUUAUUUACCUGUGAGGCACUAUGCUCGAGAUGAUCUUCAAAUUGCAACGGGGCUGUCUGAAUACCUGGGUCACCGAGGGAAAAGGCUGGAUACUGGCUCUUAUCUCGAGGGUGUUCAAGCAUUAUGUAAACAUCGAAACCUGUCCGAUGGACUAGGACUUCAUACAUAUAUCUGCUGGGCUUCUGAGAACAAUGCUUGGAAUGUUACGGCGUACUACAAUCCUGAAGUCUAUCAUUCGAGUCGCAUUUGA